AUGAACGAAGAGCUAGAUGAAGAAGUUCUUGAUAACGAUGAAAUACUGGAUUAUGAUUGUGAGCCUAUCGAAACUGUCAACUCCGAUUGCGUUCAACAAAUGCGUAAUCAAAACAAUUUAUCUCAGGCUGGACCAUCCAGUAUUCAGACUUCUCAGCGAUGCGACACGGAACAGGUAACACAGGUAUUAAAUACCAAUAAUAAAAUAAAAACAGGAAAGAAAAUAAUACCUAGUACCAGUACCUUGGACGUCGGAACAAAAGAAAGUCGUGACAAAAUUUUUCAAAUUACUCAUUUAAAAUAA